UGUCAUGAAAGAUACCAAAAUAUAAAUUCAAGCACGUGGAGAUUUAUUUAAAAUGUCUCGCCCUGAACAUUUGGCUCCUCCUGAAAUCUUUUACAAUGAAGAUGAAGCUCGAAAAUAUACACAAAAUUCUCGAAUGAUGGAAAUUCAAGAACAGAUGACUGGAAGAGCUCUAGAACUCUUGAUGCUCCCUGAAGAUGAGUCAAUGUUUCUAUUGGAUAUAGGAUGUGGAUCGGGCCUUAGCGGGAGUGUUGUUGAAGAAAAUGGUCAUUUUUGGGUUGGUAUGGAUAUAUCAACCGCUAUGCUUGAUAUUGCCUUAGAAAGAGAAGUUGAAGGUGACUUAAUUCUAUCUGAUAUGGGCCAGGGUUGUCCAUUUCGAGCAGGGAGUUUCGAUGGAGCUAUUUCAAUAUCUGCUUUACAAUGGCUUUGUAACGCAGAUAAAAAAUCACAUAAACCCGUUCAAAGACUGUAUAAAUUUUUUAGCACAUUAUAUGCAUGUUUGAGCCGAACUGCCAGAGCAGUUUUCCAAUUUUAUCCGGAAAAUACCGAACAAAUUGAAUUAGUCACAUCUCAAGCAACCAAAGCUGGAUUUUAUGGUGGUGUUGUUAUCGAUUAUCCAAAUUCCACAAAGGCAAAAAAAAGUUUUCUAGUAUUAAUGACGGGAGGUUCAGUACCGUUACCAAAAGCCUUGGGCGACGAUGGUCAAGAAUCUCGUGUUAAUUACACAUCUAAACGUGAAAUGGUGAAAAAGUCACGUGGAAAACCAAUGAAAGGUAGCCGAGAAUGGAUAUUAGAGAAAAAAGAACGUAGACGAAGGCAAGGAAAGGAAACGCGGGAAAAUUCUAAGUAUACUGGAAGAAAACGCAGUGGUAGAUUUUAGGUUUAACGUUUAUUUUUUUUUUAUGAUAAAAUUUAAAUAAAUU